AAUUCAUUUCAUUCUGAAGUUUUGUACUCGACAGUUGUACGUUGUACGUGUCGGUGUUUUUGCUAAAGAGAUUUUGUUAAAUAUCAAAUUGGUUAAAAUUAAGAGUGCAAUAUGGCUGCUAACGCAAUUAAGAAAAUUGUCCCCAUGCUUGACCGCAUUUUGAUUCAGCGUGCUGAGUCGGUUACCACCACCAAGGGCGGUAUUGUUUUGCCAGAAAAGGCAGUUUCAAAGGUCCUACAAGGGACAGUUGUAGCGGUUGGGCCUGGCUCCCGCAAUCCACAAAGUGGCAAUUACAUCCCAAUGGGCGUUAAGGAAGGUGAUCGUGUCUUGUUGCCGGAAUAUGGAGGUACUAAGGUUGAGUUAGAGGACAAGAAGGAGUAUAUGCUAUUCCGUGAAUCUGACAUUUUAGCUAAGCUAGAAUAAAUUAGUACUUCUAGUUUUUACAAUGUCAAUCAGCAGUUCAUUUAAACAUUAAAAAAAAAUUCCAUUAAUAGUUUAGAUUUGUACGAUUAAAUCAAAUUUAAACGUUUGUUGAAAUUAAAUAAAACGGUUUUACGCUUUAAUAACA